AUGAACUAAAAUCUCAAGGAAAGAGAAAACAAAAAGUGCAAACCAAAAACUUUUUUUUCCAACGGACAUUCAGUGAAUUGGACAGUGAGAUCCAAGAUCUAUAACGGAACAUUGGGAGAGGUUACAAGGAGAGAACGAGAGAGGGAAAGGGGGAGAAAAAUGAAUUGGGUAUCAAAUUACAAUCUUUUUUUCUCUCUCUGUCACUUCUCCGGGAGUUAGGACGCAAAGUUGUUUUGAGAUCACACACGGUCUUGGUACGAAUCAAAUGAUUUGCAUUUUGCCCCGUAGGCUUUGUGUUUUUUUUUAAGUCUCACUGAGUUUGGAAACAGAAUUUGGGAAUAAUCAAAUCCCAGUUUGCAGCCGGCUGAGUCUGGAAUGAGUUGAAACUGACGCGAUGGCAUUCGCUGCAAGUUGGGAAACUGACUCAUUUUCUGGGGCAAACAGAUGCAGAGACAGAGGCCAAUAACUCAUCAGAAGACGUUUCGAGCAGAAGGGGAUUAAUUCCCCGGUUUUCAGAGAGGCAAACAGCGAAGUUAGAAGGUAGGCGACGGGCUGGGGGUGAAGAUCUCUUUUAACUUUGCAGUUGGAAGUCUGGAGGAAUCAAGAUGUCUACCGCCUGGCAGUCUUUUGUUAAAGCGGCUGCAGUCUCCCUGCUUUUACUCUGGACUUCCCUGGAGCUGAGCGACACGAACCAAACGUUUCCGCACGAUCGCUGCAAAAAAGUUUCGGACUGCGAGCCCCUGAGAUACAACACAUGCAUGGGUUCGCUCCUACCUUACACCCACACAUCGCUCGCUCUGGUUGAAGACUCCAGCACACAAGAGGAGGCUCACAACAACCUGGUCCUGUGGUCAGGAUUGAGGAACGCUCCAGGCUGUUGGAGUGUGAUUCAACAGCUUCUGUGUGCUGUCUACAUGCCAAAAUGUGAAAAUGGCAAAGUGGAGCUACCUGGACAGGUUAUGUGUCAAAUCACCAGAAGCCCAUGUGCCAUUGUGGAGCGAGAGAGGGGCUGGCCUGACUUCCUGAAGUGUUCAAAUGAUCGGUUUCCUGAAGGAUGCCUGAAUGAAGUUCAGAACAUCAAAUUUAACAGCUCUGGUCGGUGUGAGUCCCCUCUGGUACGCACAGAGAAUCCCAAGAGUUGGUACGAGGAUGUGGAGGGAUGUGGAAUCCAGUGUCAGAACCCACUGUUCACAGACAGUGAGCAUGAUGCCAUGCACAUCUAUAUCGCUGUCUUUGGAUCCAUUGCCAUUCUGUGCACAUUCUUCACAUUGGCCACUUUUGUUGCUGACUGGAAGAACUCUAACCGUUACCCUGCUGUCAUCUUGUUUUAUGUGAACGCCUGUUUCUUCAUUGGGAGCAUUGGCUGGCUUGCACAAUUCAUGGAUGGAGCACGGAAAGAGAUUGUGUGCAAGGCAGAUGGGACCAUGCGACUUGGAGAGCCAACGUCCAAUGAAACACUCUCCUGUGUUAUAAUAUUCAUUAUUGUCUACUACUCUCUCAUGUCUGGGGUCAUCUGGUUCGUGAUGCUGACCUACGCUUGGCACAUGUCAUUCAAGGCUCUCGGCACCACCUAUCAGCCUCUUUCUGGAAAGACAUCCUACUUUCAUCUCGUCACUUGGUCAAUCCCGUUUAUACUGACUGUUGCCAUUUUGGCUCUGGCACAGGUGGAUGGAGACUCUGUGAGUGGAAUCUGCUUUGUUGGAUAUAAGAAUUAUCAUUUCCGUGCAGGGUUUGUCCUGGCUCCAAUCGGGCUGGUUCUGCUAGUUGGUGGCUAUUUCCUUAUAAGAGGUGUCAUGACCCUAUUUUCAAUUAAAAGUAACCAUCCUGGCCUCCUGAGUGAGAAAGCAGCCAGUAAAAUCAAUGAAACAAUGCUCCGUCUUGGCAUUUUUGGAUUCCUGGCAUUUGGCUUUGUCUUCAUCACAUUUGGAUGCCAUUUCUAUGAUUUCUUUAACCAGGCUGACUGGGAGAGGAGUUUCCGUGACUAUGUUCUGUGUGAAGCCAAUGUCUCUAUUGCUGAGCAAACCAACACUCCAAUCCCUGAAUGUAGCAUCAAGAAUCGCCCUAGCCUUCUGGUGGAAAAGAUAAACAUAUUUGCCGUGUUUGGGACAGGCAUUGCAAUGAGUACCUGGGUCUGGACCAAAGCUACAAUCUUAAUAUGGAAAAGGACAUGGUUUAGAAUUAUCGGCCGAAGCGAUGAUGAGCCAAAACGAAUUAAGAAGAGUAAAAUGAUUGCUAAAGCUUUCUCAAAGCGAAAGGAGUUGCUGAAGAAUCCAGACAAGGAACUGUCAUUCAGUAUGCAGACCGUGUCUCAUGAAGGGCCCGUGGCUGGAAUCAACUUUGACUUGAAUGAACCAUCUGCUGACCUCUCAUCUGCCUGGGCUCAACACGUAACAAAGAUGGUGGCCAGAAGGGGAGCUAUUUUACCACAGGACAUUUCUGUCACUCCAGUAGGGACACCAGUGCCACCAGAUGAGAACAAGAGGAACCUCUGGAUCAUUGAAGCUGAGAUUCCCCCAGAACUACAGAGGAAAUCUGGGAAGAAGAAGAAGAAAAAGAGGAAGAAAGGCAUUAGACCUCUUGGACCUACAGAGGAGAUGCAUGACAUGGGUUAUUGCACAGAGAGAGCAUCCAGCACUGUUCCACACUUGCCCAAGUUACCCAGGCAAAAAAACUUGGUGUCAAAAGCUUUGGAACCAACUGACAUUCAGGAUAACUUACCAGGCACUCUCCUGGAAUCCGGAAUCAACUCUGGACCAAGUAAUGGGAGGUUUUUCAUUGGAGCAAUCAACAGCGGAUACAGACUGAAUGCACCUCUGAAUUUGAUUGCAAAUCCUCUUUCAAACGAUGAUAUCUUGGAGGAUGAGCUGGGAUUUCCCCGAGGAGAUCGACUCCGGCCUCCUCAGAGACCGUAUAAAAACCCAUUCCCCCAUUCCUCAGCCAAUAUGGAGUUUGGAAGACUCCCUGUAAUUAAUAUCCCUCACAUACCAAGAUCCGAGGACAGAAGGACUGCUAUUGCACCUGUACAUUCCAAAACAAAUCUAGUGGACACAGAGUUGAUAGAUGCUGACUCUGAUUUUUGAUUACUGGCCUAGUAUUGGUAUUGAUAAGGAUUCAUCUACUUGAGAAGCAGCAUAUCCAAUUCCAACUAGGAACUUCGGUAAACAUCACCUGUUAUAGUUCAAAUAAGUUAAUGCAAGUGGCAUUUUACUGAAAUCUGAUGAAUGUUCAUAGCAGUAACCGCAAGUAAUUUUUAAGUUCAAAUGGAUUCACAGAAGUGCUUUACUACUCAUUUAAGAGAUUAUAGCAUUUGUUCAUGAGGUUCAGUCUAUCCUGAAGAGGCCUUUCACUUUAAUGCUCAAGGUUGUGGAGUCUAUAAGUAAUGAAUUAUCCUAAUUGGCCAAUUUGGUAAAGUUAUUGGAACCUUUUUCAGAGCUGAGGGAUAGUGAACUAAUCUAAGGGUCAGGAAUGUAAAUAAUUCUGCUGGGCCAGGAUUAUUCAUUGAUCUUUGAUGUGCAUGUUAUCCAUGCUUUGCUUUCCGUUAGUUACAGUACUCAAGGAGGCCUUGUGGUCCAUUAUGUGUUGGUCAACCAUUUCCUAGAGUUCUACUGAACUCUGCUCCCAAGUUUCUUGUCUGAUCAUUCCAUCAAGUUACAGACUUGAUGCAUUUUAUUUUACAAAGCCCUAAUUGUUCCCCAAUGUAAUAUUUUAACAUUAAGAAUAUUAUACAAAAACAUUUUGAUCAGAUUGAGGCAAUAAUGUGACCAGGUUUGACUUGGUCAACUGUGUGUAUACUCUGAAUGGAUGGGAAAUGUUAGUCAUGACAAGCUGAAAGCGUCAACAGCAUCAAGAUGUUCUAAACUUGCCUCUAAGAAGUGGUCAGUAAUGUUUAUGUGGUCCAAGAUAUUUUGGUAGAGUUGUGCCCAAGCUAAAUGUAGAAAUGUCUCAUGCCUUCUAAUCUUUUGUCUGGACGUUGGGUGUAUCACAGGUUUUGCGGUUUUUGCUGGGUUUAGUCAUUUGUUAAUGCAGCCUCACUGGAAUGGUACAAAGAAUGAUAAGAUCAGUCUUACUUUUUCUUACUCAAGCUGGUCACUCCAUAACGUGUGCUGUUCUUUGCAACUCAACCAAGACCAUUCUUUAUCUUUCUCCCUCAAUCUAUCCUUUACUGCUUGAGAUUCUCUGCCCUUAAUAGUGUGUGCUUUAAACCCAAGUUACAAAUUUAAAACUGCCAGAAGAGCAUGCAUUGUAAAUGUUGCAUGAACGCACUUCUUGUGGUUUUAUUGUGUUGUAACCAACAUGAUUUAUUCCAUCGCUCUACCGUCCAUUUUCCAGUUCUCGACAUUCUGAAAACUACAGAUCAUGAAAACACCCUAGUGCCCAGUAUCUAACCCAGAGCAAAUCGCACUUGUCUUGUGCUUACUCAUAUUGGCUCCUGAUUAACCCAACACCUCAAAUCUAUAAUCCUCAACUUUGUGCUCGUCACUCGAUGACAUCAUCCCAGUAUAUCUCUGUAAGCACCUUCCGCACUAUAACCCUCCUUGUUAUCUCUGCACACCUCUGAUUCUUGCUUGUCUUUUAAUCCUCAAACCUUCCUCUUUGACCGUUUUUUUUAGUCACCCUUCCUAAUCGGAUAAGAGAUAGCAGAUUUAAAACAGAUGAGGAGAAAUUAAUUCUCUGAAAGACUAAUGAAUGUGUGGAAUUCACGACCCCAGAGUAUGGUGGAUGCUAGGGCAUUGUGUCAAUUUAAGGAGGAGAUAGACAGUUUUCUACUUGAUUACGAGUAGAAAGGUUAUGAAGAGCAGACAGGAAAGUGGAUUUGACUCAGAUGAGAUCAGCCAUAAUUGUAUUAAAUGGCACAGCAAGCUCAAGGAGUAGAAUUGCCUACUCCUGCUCCUUGUUCUUAUGUUCUUAAUACCUCUUACUUGCCUCAAUGUCUUUUUCUAUCUAAUUAUGCUUCUGCGAAGCACCAUGGGACAUUUUGUCUCCACUAAAUGGUAGCACAUUGUUGUACGGUCACUUGCUGUUAAGUUGGACUCAAGGAUUAUGUAAGAAAACAUUGAAGGACAGACAGAUUUAGUAUUACCCUUCUUUAUGAUGAGAUUAAUUUUGCAAAUGGAUGCAGUGUGUGCAAACAGACUUUCAGUCUCGAAUCCAAUCAAAGCCAAAGCUCCAAAUUCAACAACUCCAAGAAUAAAAAAUGAUCUUGAUUGCAGCAGCUUAGAGCAUAGAGACAUAAAGCUAAGUGUGACCUUUGUUUUGUCAUUCUGCCUCAUCCAUUUACAAUCACCUGAAAAGAGGGUGAAACAAGCAGAAUUACAUAGGAAAAGUACAGAGGGAAAACACAAAAUAUAUUUCAAAUGCUGUUAAAAUUAUAUUGUGUUGCAAAACUGACUGGCACAAAUAAUUUUGUUUAAUGAAGAAUACUGCAGUGCGGUUUCUGAGGUUCUGUAUUUUAAUUUUUGUUUGACCAGAUUAUGUAUUGGAAUUGCAGUUAAUUAUGAAAGAAGUGGAUCAAUAGAAGGCAAGGAUUUGAGUGUGAAACAAGUCAGUUAUAGACACAAAAAAACAUUUCUGCAAGAACCAGAAGAUGGCAUUAAAAGUACAAAAACAGUACAGUUGUAACUAAUGUGCCUGAUUUGGGUCAUAUUACACAGUAAAAACUGAAUGCUGAUUCAGGAAUCUUGACCGAUCUAAAGCUAAUUGAUAUCUACAAUACCUGGGAGGUAUUAGGAAUUCAAGUAUGUUGUUCCCAAAAAUUUCCUCCUCUCCCUCCCUUGGUAGCAUGGAACAGAUCACUCUGUCCUUAAAAUUACAUGUGGAGUAAUGGUGUUCAGUCAAUGUGUUUGUUUCAGAUUUCUUCAUUUGCUGUUUUAUUAGAGGAUACCAAUCCAUUGAUUUUUAAAUGGAUUAACCCAGGUGCAACAAACAAAUUUAAUGGGCAUAGUCAAUAUUCAUAAUGUCGCACCACAUAUAAAAAGCCAAUUGAACUGAAUUUUUUUGUCCUGAGCAUGACAGGUCAGUGUGGAGGAAGGGACUCUGUAUUUGCUCAGGGUCAACCAUUGACAGUACUCUUGUUAAGGUGGGAGGUGACAGAUGUAGUGCAUAACCAGUCAGCAUAUUGACCAGGCCAAAGAUGGACUUGAUGUGAAUUGAAUAGGGAGGUUUUGAAGAUGCCAAUUACUGCCCAACCAGGACAUUGGAGAACCUGUUGGCUUUGAUGUUGAAUAGUUUAAAUACUAUAUCCAAAUACAAGCUGUGUUUGAACAGACAGAAUCUGCUGCUUAUCUAGAAAUCAAGUACCAAGAUUCUGCCCAAGUGCGAGAAAGGAAAUUUGCCAAGCAAGUGAGAAGCAUUGUGGUUUGGUUGAGGUUCCCUUUCAUUGUCCCUCCUUCAGCAAGUCACCCCUUGGUGACAGACUGUGAGUCACACUUUGUGAGGACACUCUGGUUGCUGACCUUUCUCCACUUGUCUCUGAUAUUUAAACAUUUUAUAUUUUUUAAUCCAUUGAUUACCUUCAUUGCUCAAAAAAUGCUGACGGUUUGAACUCUCUCUUUUUCGAGAUGUGAGGUACACUCUAUGGAUAUCCUUUUCAAUUUGAGUAAUAGUGAAAAUUGGGUGGUAGUGUUUUGGCAGCCUAUUUUGUCCUUGUCCUCACUUUCAUUUCCCAAUCAUUGCUGAUUCGCUAUACUAUUGAACAAAGUCAAAAUGACACACCUGGAGAUCUGUGUAUGUGCGAGCACCAUAAACAGCCAGCAUAUGGAGACCUUGUAAAUACUCACUUACCUCCUCCACUAAAUGAUAGUCUGGUUCCGUAAAAUGUUGAAGACUUGAUAUAUUUUUAUAGAAAUAUAAUGGUUAUUUUUGUACCACAUAUAGCCAUUUUAAACUUCUUGAUAUCAGUGUACAUAGACAUCUGUAGAGUGGUUACAAAUUAUCUGGAAGACAUGGGGAAAAGAUGGUCAUUUUUAAUACUCCCUUAAUUCCAUUGUAUGACAACUAAACAUUUUUCACCUGAAUAAAAGUUUGUAAACAUA